AAUCUACUUCUAAACUGAACAGCAAACGGAAAUAAGUGGUAUAAACAAUCAAAAGGUGAAAUGGGUAAAGAGGAGGUGGUGGAGAUGGUUCAAGAACUGGCGGAGAGCGGCCAGGCACUACCUGGUUGCUACAUCCUGCCCGAAAAACAGAGACCGGAUCGUGCUUCUCCGUCAGCGUUGGAUAUUCCGGUGAUUGAUCUCAGCCUUCUGCUCAGGGAAACAGGAUGUGAGGAUGAUCAAGCAAAAAGGCUCCAGUAUGCUGUUCAGUCUUGGGGUUUGUUUCAGGUUAUUGGCUAUGACUUGUCACCCUCUUUUCUAGAUGAGGUGAGGGAUGUUGUGAGAAAAUUCUUUCAACUUCCAAUGGACGUUAAACAGAAAUCUAGCAACUUAAAGGGUGAGAAGUUGGAACCUGAAGGAUAUGGGAACUAUGGUGUUGCAAGAAAAGACCAGAUAAUUGAUUGGAAUGACCGGCUUUAUCUCUCGGUGCAACCUGAAGAGAAGAGGAGACUAGAUCUUUGGCCAGAAAAUCCUUGCUCUUUCAGGGAAAUAUUGCAUGAAUAUACCAUACAGACAAGGAAAGUUGCUGAACUUGUUCUUUUGGCCUUGGCAAAGCUGCUGAAACUGGAAAAAAAUUACUUCGUUAACCAAUUAGGUGACACAGCUGAAGUACGUGCAAGAUUCAACUACUAUCCACGGUGUUCAAGGCCUGAUCUUGUCUUGGGAAUCAAUCCACAUUCUGAUGGUUCUUUGAUCACCAUUUUAUUGCCUGACAAAGAGGUGGAGGGCCUUCAAGUGCUCAGAGACGGUGACUGGUUCAAGGUCCCGAUCAUUCCUCAUGCCCUGCUCAUUAAUUUGGGAAAUCAGAUACAGAUAAUGAGCAAUGGGAUUUUCAAGAGCCCUGUGCACAGGGUGACGGCUAACUCUGAGAAGGACAGGAUAUCUGUGGCAAUGUUUUAUUCGCUUGAACCAGAAAAGACGUUGGAGGCAGCAGAAGGCGUGGUGGAUGAGACUAGGCCAUGUUUGUACAAGAAGAUGAGGGUAAAGGAUUUUCUCAACAUCUUCUUUGAAAAAUAUACACAAGGAGUUAGUACAAUUGAGUGGGCAAGGAUCUGAUCAUAAAAACCCAGAAGAAUUAGUUAUUAUAUUGAGGAUUGUCCUGUUUAAACUUCUUGGAUUGAGAAGGUAGUAUGCAAUCAUUGCUUUAUUGUAUCAGUUAAUGUCAAGGCGUAAAAUUGCAUCAGCAUUAUCUUCAUUGAUUAUAUAGCAAAGUUGUGUGCAAUCAUUUUGAAUUA